ACAUGUUGUGUACAAUUUCGAUAAACAUACCUAAAUAGCAAAGAAAUAUUUUCAGAAAGUGAAGUCUUAAUUUAGCUAACACAAAGAAUGAAAAAUAAAGAAAAAAUAUUAUUGCACAAAAUUGCAAAACGUGAAAAAACAAAAAAAAUGCUUAUAAAGAAGAAAUCAAUGAAUAAAUCAAAUGAAUAUUCUGAUGAUAAUACUUCUGAAACGGUAAAAGUUAUUAAAAAAAAUGCUCUUCCUAAGCAUUCGAUGAAGAGCACUCUUGAAGAUAUCGUUGGUUUUGAACAUCAUUCAGACGUCGAAUUAAUGGAUACUGCACCAAAUGAAGAGGAUUUACCUGGAAGUUCUACUACUCUUGAAACUGUAUUAGGAGAUUACGCUUUUGAUAAUCUCCAACUUAAAGUGACAAAAUCUACUCUUGAUGCUAUAAAGGAAAUGGGAUUUACAAAAAUGACUGAAAUUCAAGCAAAAUCUAUUCCUCCAUUACUUGAAGGACGAGAUUUAGUGGGUUCAGCACGUACAGGUAGCGGAAAAACUCUUGCUUUUCUUAUACCUGUAGUGGAACUCAUUCAUAAGCUAAAAUUCAUGCCAAGGAAUGGUACUGGAGCCAUUAUCAUAUCACCAACAAGAGAGUUGUCUAUGCAGACUUUUGGAGUUUUGAAAGAAUUAAUGGAUGGUCAUCAUCGCCAAACUUAUGGUCUUUUAAUGGGAGGAGCAAAUCGUCAGAUAGAAAGUGAAAAAUUGGCUAAAGGUCUAAAUAUAGUUGUUGCAACUCCUGGAAGAUUGUUAGACCAUUUGCAGAAUUCCCAUGAUUUCUUAUACAAAAAUCUUCAGAUUCUUGUUAUUGAUGAAGUUGAUCGUAUUCUUGAAAUUGGUUUUGAAGAAGACAUGAAACAAAUAAUUAAUUUACUUCCAAAACGUCGUCAAACAAUGCUUUUUUCAGCAACACAGACUGAAAAAACAGAAGCACUCAGUAAGUUAGCGUUGAAGAAAGAACCAAUUUAUGUUGGUGUUGAUGAUCACAAGGAGGAAGCAACAGUUGAUGGCCUUGAACAAGGUUACAUCGUGUGUCCAUCCGAAAAACGUCUUCUUGUGCUUUUUACGUUCUUAAAGAAAAACCGUAAAAAGAAAGUAAUGGUUUUCUUCUCAUCGUGUUUAUCUGUGAAAUUUCAUCAUGAGCUAUUUAAUUAUAUUGAUCUACCUGUUACAUCUAUCCAUGGAAAGCAGAAACAAGCGAAAAGAACGACAACAUUUUUUCAAUUUUGCAAUGCAGAGUCAGGUAUUCUUCUUUGUACUGAUGUUGCAGCAAGAGGACUUGACAUUCCGUCAGUAGAUUGGAUAGUGCAAUAUGAUCCACCAGAUGAUCCUAAAGAAUAUAUUCAUAGAGUUGGUAGAACAGCUCGCGGUGAAGGAAGCUCAGGACAUGCUUUGAUGAUUCUCCGCCCCGAAGAACUUGGAUUUUUACGUUAUCUUAAACAAGCAAAAGUAUCACUAAAUGAAUUUGAGUUUUCCUGGACUAAAAUUGCCGAUAUUCAACUUCAGCUAGAGAAUUUGAUGUCAAAAAAUUAUUAUCUAAAUCAAUCAGGAAAAGAAGCUUUUAAAUCCUUUAUUCGAGCAUAUGAUUCGCAUCAACUUAAAACCAUUUUUAUCCUUUCAUCAUUGGACUUACAAAAAGUUGCGAAAAGUUUUGGCUUUCUUCAACCACCAGCAGUUGAUUUGAAAUUGUCUCACAAAUUCAAAAAAACUGAGAGACGUCCAGGUAAUCGAGGCAAUGGAUAUUUUCUUAGCAUAAAUAAGGAAAAAGAAAGCAAGAAACAUUUUAAGCACAUCAAAGAUCGAAAAAUGCUUGGAAAGGCUGCUGAUGAAGCAAUUUAGGAUAUAGAAUUUAACUUAAUAUCUACCGAUACCUAUUCGCUUGGAUUGAGAUUUAAAACUAUACCGAUAAUAAAACUAAAUUGAUUUCUUUUUAUUAAUUAUGGUAUUUAAACAGCUGUAAUAUGUAUGUAAAUCUGUGGGGGAUAGAGAAAUUUACAUAUUUAUUUGAAAAGAUUUCAAAUCAAAAGUUAAAUAAGAAUCUUUUUGUUUUUGUAAUACAUACUACAUUAAACUACCUUAAAAGGACAGAAAAAGUUUUCUGAACUCUUAAGCUAAUAUAAAAUGAUCAAACACUUCAGAUACACUCAACAGACCAAAUAAAUUGUCGACAUAUGAGAAAUAAAAGCAGAAGAUCUAUUUUUGGGAAUGUCAAAAUGG